CUCCGACACAGCUAACCGCAGCCGAACCAGUGCAGGCGAUAUGUCCGUGGCUCUUUAUUAGUAGGUUAAAUUKAGCAAUUUGGAGGUUUGACACUAAGGCUUUAUAUUUUAGGACCUAUGAACUGCAGCUUAUGUUGCUAAGGUAAACGGAUACUACUUGUUAGGUAAAGUUAGUGUUAGCUAGUUGCGUCGUUGGCCAGCUAAGUUAGCUAGGCUUAUUGGUAUUCGACGUUUCAAAACAAAGCCCGCUGUCACCGUCGGAGUAACUUAAUAAGAGACACACGAGCUUUUUCAGACUGCCGCGUGGAAACAAAAUGCGAUAUCCAGUUUCUGUUUGGAAUCCGAUUUAACAUUUCGUCGAUCGAUUGAACUUGAUUUGAAGCUGUCAGCAGGUUUGGGCUGUGACGCCAAUUGAACGAAUCGACCUUCUAACCCUAAGCUGCGUGAUUUUUAGGCUUUCCUGAAAACUGAAAAUCCAAUGUCCGAAAAGAGCUCGUCGUCCGGUUCGGAUGAGGAUGUGGACCCAGAAUCCGGACAGCCCGUGGAGUUCGGGGGCGUUUUAAGCAAAUGGACGAACUACAUCCACGGGUGGCAGGACCGGUGGGUUGUGUUGAAAAACAACACGCUGAGUUACUACAAGUCUGAGGAUGAACGGGAAUAUGGCUGCAGGGGUUCUCUGUGCCUUAGCAAGGCUGUCCUCACACCUCAUGAGUUUGAUGAGUGUCGUUUUGACGUCAGCGUUAACGACAGUGUUUGGUACCUCAGAGCAGAGGAUCCUGAGCACAGACUUCAGUGGAUCGAAUCAAUAGAACUGCAUAAGGCCGAGUCUGGAUAUGGUUCAGAAACAAGUCUGAGACGUCAUGGGUCCAUGUUGUCUCUCACCUCAGCUGCUAGUGCCUUGUCUUCCACAUCCACAUCCUCCUUCAAGAAGGGUCACAGGUUGCGUGAGAAGUUGGCAGAAAUGGAAACCUUCAGGGACAUACUGUGCCGACAAGUGGACACCCUUCAGAAGUACUUCGACUCCUGCGCCGAUGCUGUUUCCAAAGAUGAAUUUCAGAGAGAUAGAAUAGAGGAAGAUGAAGAUGAAUUUCCCAGCACAACAAGAUCAGAUGGUGAACACAAUCACAACAACAAUGGAAGCAAAGAGAAAUUGUCUUCUCCUGCCAGUCCCAAAGUUAUUAACGGGAUCGACUUUAAGGGUGAGGCCAUCACCUUCAAGGCCACCACCGCGGGCAUCCUGUCCACUUUGUCUCACUGCAUCGAGCUGAUGGUCAAACGAGAGGACAGCUGGCAGAAGAGACUUGACAAGGAACUGGAGAAGAGGAGGAGGGUAGAGGAUGCUUACAAGUCUGCAAUGAAUGAACUGAAGAAAAAGUCACACUAUGGCGGCCCGGAUUACGAGGAGGGGCCCAACAGUCUGAUUAAUGAGGAUGAAUUCUUUGAUGCGGUGGAGGCAGCGCUGGACCGACAAGAUAAGAUAGAGGAACAGUGCCAGUCUGAGAAGGUCAGGACACAUCACCUCGCUCAGGUUCCUUCUAGUGACGUCUUUUCCACCAUCGGUACGCACCGAUUUGUUAGCAAGUCCCGUAGCCAUUCCUCCUCCCUGUCCUCGGCUGAGCUAUUCAGCGCCUCCGAUGAUGUUCACAGAUUCAGCGCUCAGGUGGAGGAGAUGGUGCAGAAUCAUAUGACUUAUUCUCUUCAGGACGUGGGUGGUGAUGCCAACUGGCAGCUGGUGAUAGAAGAAGGAGAGAUGAAGGUUUACAGGAGGGAAGUGGAGGAGAACGGGAUCGUUCUGGAUCCUCUUAAAGCUACUCACGCUGUGAAAGGAGUAACGGGACAUGAAGUCUGCCACUACUUCUGGGACACCGAUUUUCGAAUGGACUGGGAAACCACCAUCGAAAACUUCAACGUUGUGGAAAAGCUGUCUGAAAAUGCCAUCAUUGUUUACCAGACACACAAGCGCGUGUGGCCUGCCUCUCAGAGAGACGUCCUUUACCUGUCAGCCAUCAGGAAGAUUGUGGCAACAAACGAAAAUGACCCUGACACCUGGCUGGUCUGCAAUUUCUCUGUUGAACAUGACAACGCUCUUCCCACAAACAAGUGUGUUCGUGCCAAAAUCAAUGUUGCCAUGAUCUGCCAAACGCUGGUCAGCCCACCGGAGGGCGACAAAGAGAUAAGCAGAGACAACAUCCUGUGUAAGAUCACAUAUGUUGCCAACGUGAACCCUGGAGGCUGGGCUCCAGCGUCAGUCCUCAGAGCUGUGGCCAAGAGGGAAUAUCCCAAGUUCCUUAAACGCUUCACCUCCUACGUUCAGGACAAAACCAUCGGCAAGCCCAUUCUUUUCUGAGCGCUCACAGGCGUUUUGUGUUGGAAGGACGACGUUAUUCAGCAUUUAAAAUGACUCUUUAAAAACCCACAUGAUCCAUUCACCUGUCAUUCAGCGUCGACUUUCAGAUACCUGCCUGCAGGACUUUGUCAUCAGGACCUGAUCAGACUGUUUGUACAGUUUUCAUUCAGUUAUCUCGUUUUCAUGUUGGUCAUAAAAGCACAUCUUAAGUCAGUUUUCCAAAAAGGUUUUUGAAACGUUACCAAUUAUUUGCUUGUUUUGUAAAAUGUUUUGUAUUCUUCUUAUAAUUACAUAUUUCUGGACUUCUUUCUUUCUUUCUUUUUCUUCCUUUGUUUUUUGAGUAGUCUGGGAUGGGUGGGUCUUUAAUCACUAGUAUUACAGCUACUUGUUUUGCUGCUAAAGAGACAAGCAAGAGAGGAAAGUAGACGCUUGCAGGAACCUCUCCUUUCUUGCCUUCUCCAGUCCCUCUUGUGAAAACUCUGCAGUUUGAUGGGGGGAGAGGAGUCUGAGUCUAAAGCUUCAGAGUCUGUAUAUUUCUAGUUUGGUAUAAGUUUCAAAGAGCACCAUAGACACAAAGUAUUGUACAGAUAAAAACAAAACAGAAGUUUUUAGUUUACGAGUGUGAGAAAUGUGAAUCGACUGUUAAAUGCUUGAAUCUUGAUCGCAGCACUGGGCUGAGGAACGUUAGACCAUAUUUUUGACACAUAACAAAUGUAUUCGUGGUCUAUUGAUGCUAUUUUGUGGUCGGCACAUAUCUGUCUUUAACCUGCAAGUUUCAGACGCGUUCAAUCGACCAGCUGAUUCUGCUCUUGUGUUGAGAGCUGAGUUGACUUCAUAAAUUGUUUUCAGCCCUUCUGUGAGGCAGGAAAAAUAAAUCGAUCCAGACCUGAGUGUCAGGUUUGGACAUAGGAUCUGCUUUUUUUUUUUUUUACUCUUUCUAGGACGAGGUAAAGUUAUUCAGCAUUGGGAAGAAUUAUCAUUUGCACACUUGAGUUGUGCAGAUUGAAGCAUUUCACUCCCCUCCCCAUGGCGCAGCAGCUUCCUGCUCUUCGACUGAUAAACAAACUGCCCCCAGAAUGCCUUAGUCACCAGGGUGAACCUUUUGUAAACUCUUUGUCUGUUUUACAUUCACCAAGUGUGCAUUUCUCAACACUUAACAUGAAGCUGGAGGGGGCGGUGAGUCAGCAUUUCACGUCAUAUUACCUCACUACUUUAUUUAGAUUGUGUUCAAAGCCACCAAAAUGUUGGGAGUUCUGCCAUCAGUAGAUCUGCACGCUUUGUGCGCAAAAAUAAAAAAAAUACUUUAAAAAAAAUCAAUCCUGAUUGUCAAUCUGGGAGGUUCUAAAAGGUUCUGGGUGUCAGCUGAAGAGUGCAGUUUGUGUUUUUAAGUAUAUUUUGUCAAUCUUCACACUUUGUAUAUUUCUAAGUUGUACAUCUGAAGUGUUAUUAUUUGCACUAAUUGUAAUGCAGUUUGACAAUGUUCUGUAAAUUAAAAUGAUUACACAACACA